GGCGGCGGCAUCAGCGCUCGGGGAGCUCCCGCGGCAGCCACCGGGGAAUCCCUCACCCAUCUCUCAUCCAUCCCUCACCGAUCUCUCAUCCAUCCCUCACCGAUCUCUCACUGCGCCCUCGCUCCGCGCAGCGCCUCGAGCCCGGGCUGACAGCCGUGCCCUGCCCGCAGCCGAUGACUCUGAACCGCGGCGACAAGCGGCGCGGCAGCACGCCGUUCGCGGGGCAGCAGCACCUACACCGCCGCAGCAUGCCCGUGGACGAGCGCGACCUGCGGCCGCCGCCGCCCGACGAGCUGUCGGGCUUGGUGCGCUGCACCUCGUACAGCCCCGGCGGCGCGCACCGCCAGAGCUGGGCCUCCGACUCCUCCGACUCCGUCAUCUCCUCGGGCAGCGACUCCGACGGCCUCUACAAGGUGAUCCUGCUGGGCGAGCACGGCGUCGGCAAGACCAGCCUGGCGCGCAUCUUCGGCGGCGUGGAGGACUGCGCGGACGCGGAGGAGGCCGGAAAUACAUAUGACAGAUCAAUUAUAGUUGAUGGAGAAGAAGCGUCUCUCGUGGUGUUUGAUAUAUGGGAGCAGGAUGACAGCCAAUGGCUCCAGAACCACUGCAUGAAAAUGGGAGAUGCCUAUAUUAUUGUAUACUCAGUGACAGACAAAGUUAGUUUUGAAAAGGCUUCAGAACUGAGAAUCCAGCUGAGAAGAGCAAGGCAGACAGAAGAUAUUCCUAUUAUCCUUGUGGGAAAUAAAAGUGACCUGGUCAGGUCCCGGGAGGUCUCAGUUGAUGAGGGCCGGGCCUGUGCCGUGGUGUUUGACUGCAAGUUCAUCGAGACCUCGGCUGCUCUGCACCACAACGUGCAGGACCUGUUCGAGGGCAUCGUGCGCCAGAUCCGCCUGCGCAAGGACAGCAAAGAGGACAACGCUCGCAGGAUGGCCAACACCAAGAGGAGGGAGAGCAUCAGCAAAAAGGCCAAGCGAUUUCUCGGCAGGAUUGUGGCAAAGAACAAUAAGAAGAUGGCUUUCAAAGCAAAAUCAAAGUCCUGCCAUGACUUGUCUGUGCUAUAGGAGCUUUCAGUGGGGGCGGUGUCGCCCGUGGGGUGGACAGGCACCAGACUGCCCAGAGGAGUGUACACAAUCCUCAUGGUGAUAACAGCCACGGCGCUCCCUUUGAGACUCUCCUUAAUGCCUUAAGGUGCUCAAGCAAGUCUGGAAGUUACACUACAGUGCUUCGUUAUAAGCGGUUUAAGUUUCAGUGUGUGCAAGUAAAUGAACUAAUUGGAAAUACGAGGCUUGACAUGCCCACUGUGUACAUAUGUUCUAUAUCUUCUUGUCUUGUGGAUACCAGAGAUGCAAAGAUAAGAAAGGAUAACUAUCACCAUAGACUUGUCUCGUUUGCAGAGCAAAACUUAAACUUGUACGCAGGCUCGUACACUCUUUUUAGUAUACAGCAAGCAAUGAUAAAUCUUUUUAAACUUAAAUGUGGGGAGGGUGGAGUAGAACAACAGUAGAAUGGGAGAAAAAAAAUUAUAUAUAUAUUUAAAUACAAAAUGGAUAUCAUUUUAUGAAGUUAAUUUGCACUUCCAUUAACUGUUAUUGAAUUAAUCGGUUACUUGUUUACAUGCAGAUUUUAUAAUAAAAUAUUAUUUCCUGUUAUAAUAAACUGUGCUUUUCUC